AUGCGCACCCGCCUUAGGAUGGAUCCUGCCGAGAUGAUGGACCCUGAGAUGUCCGCCGACGUGAUGGUCUUCGCCCUCUACACUUCACUCAAACCAGUGCACUACUUUAUAUAUGUUGAUAACACUUUGUUGUUAUUUAGAUCUCCAGAGCACAUCAAUAAAUUCUUAGAAUACUUAAAUAAUAAGCAUCCCAAUAUCAAAUUCACAUGUGAUGUUGAAAACAAUGGUUCCCUCCCCUUUUUAGAUAUUAAUAUAUCUAGGAAUGAUAAUUCUUUUGUGACUUCUGUGUUUCGGAAACCAACAUAUACAGGCCUUACCACCAAAUUUAGCUCUUAUAUCCCUACAAAAUACAAGGGCAAUUUAAUUUCUACUCUCAUUUACAGAGCUUAUUUGAUUUUCUCUAGUGAGAUAGACUUUAUCACUAACAUUCUCAGAAAGAAUGAAUAUCCUUUGAAUUUCAUAUAUAGAAACAUUAAGAAAACUUUAAAUAAUCUCAUAACUCCCCAUCUAACUCCAUUGACUGUUCCCAAGGAUAAGAUCUACAUGAAAUUACCAUAUUUAGGCUCUGCCAGUUUCAAUCUUGAAAGGAAAUUGACCAGUCUCAUAAGGAAACAUUAUGCUACUGUAGACCUCAAAUUAAUAUUUACUGCUUCCCAAAUAAUUGGCAAUCUUUUUAAAUUUAAGGACAGAAUUCCUAAACCCUUAAGGUCCUCAAUCAUUUAUAAAUAUGCGUGCGGUAACUAUAAUGCUGCCUACAUUGGGAAGACAUCCCGUAACCUUUUUAUGCGUGUUGAGGAACACAGAGGUUUUUCAUUUAGAAAUAAUAACAUUAAAUUAAGCAGACCAAUGAAAUCUUCUAUUAGAGAUCAUUCUGAAAUUCAAAACCAUAAACUAACAUGA